AUGAGGAUAGCAUCCAGUGGAAGACUAUUUUAUGAUGACGGCUAUUCCGAUGGGGAAGAUGACGAGAAACAGGGGCUGGAAAACGGACUUGUCUUUCCGAAAAAUAAAUUGUAUGGACGCUCCAAGGAAUUGAAGCAGUUGAAGGAGUUGUAUGAUACAUUGGCGGCUGCAGAAGAAGAACAAGACAGUGGUCCUCCAUUUGUGGUCAUUACGGGUUAUCCAGGCUCUGGAAAAUCAAGUCUGAUUACGAAUUUCGCCAAAGCCCUCAAAGAAGAUGUCAAGACAGGUAAUGCUUCUCCUUUCUUUUUCGUUGCUGGAAAGUUCGAUCAACGGCAAGAUCAUCCAUAUUCAGCCAUUAUACAAGCAUUUGAUGCCCUGUUCCUCCAGAUCAUCAGAAACAACGAUCCAGCUGAGUUAGAAGGGAUCCGGAGGUCCAUUCAAGCAGUGAUUGGAGAAGAGUUACAUGCUCUAACACCCCUGAUUCCAGGGUUGGCUGCCUUUAUGGAACGCGGUGGUUUGAAUCCUCAAGAUACCGAUAUAGGAGCACGAGACUGCGCCUGGAAUCAGGUCAAAUACUUGUUUCAGUCCUUGCUGAGGGCGAUUAGUAGUCCCGAAACGGGUCGACAAAUAAUAUUCUUUCUGGACAACCUGGAUCUUGCCGAUGAAUCGUCGUUGGACUUGCUGUCGAUUUUUGUCCGAGACCGAUCGUUGCGCCGCAUCAUGAUCGUUUGUUCCAUACAGAGCAUGCCAGGCAAUCAUCAUGCUGCCAAAGACAUGCUGACGGAGCUAUCCAAGGAAAAGGAAAUCGCAACGCUGGAUGUCGGCAAUCUGAAAUUAGAUGACAUGAAUCAAUUCGUUGGAGACACUCUGGAACUCGAACCCGAUAAGACAAUGCCUUUGUCCAAAAUUAUUUUCAAUCAGACAAAAGGAAACAUGUUCUUUGUAGUCAAUUUCAUGGAGGAAAUGCAUCGGAAGAACGUCCUGUUCUUUUCAGUCAUUGCAUUUUGUUGGGAGUGGAACUUGGAGGCUGCUGGGGAACUGGAAGCAGAAUUACCGAACGACAUGUUGGAGGUCAUUGCUAAAAGGAUCAAAGAAAUGCCAAUGAGGAUGCAAAGGACCAUGACAAUUGCUUCCUAUACACGCUCUGUCUUGUCAUGUGCUACCUUAUUUUCACUUGUGAAAAGCGAGGAUGAAAGUUUGACCAAGGCCGAGUUUGAUGCGAUGCUGGAGGAGGCAAUCAAGGAAGGGUACUUUCAACGAUAUAGAUCCAAAGAUGGGGACAUUGCACAUGUCCGAUUCGCUCACGGUCAGAUUCAACAGGCGGCAAUGACACUAAUAGAACACGGCUCGGAACGAGACAAGAUGAAGCGCGUUGUUGCGGUGCAGCUCAAGGACUUGUGGAAGACACCCAAAGAUAACUGGAUGUUAUAUACCGCUGCAGACUUUCUAAAUUCGAUUCCUUCGCAACCAGAGUAUUAUGAAUGUCUCGCAAAGCUAAAUCUUUCUUGCGGAGAGAAAGCCCUCGAAAUCGGAGCCUUUAAACCAGGUUCUUUUUACCUGAGAAAGGGUCUACGGACUCUUGAGAAAACGAAUAAACCAUGGACAUCGCACUAUGACCUGACACUGAAUCUUCUAAGAAUGAAUGCCAAAGCAGAGCUCUUCCUUGGAAAUUAUGAACUCAGCUCAAGCCUAAGCCUACAAAUUCUAAAACACUGUAAGACUGUUGAGGAAAAAAAGCCGACCUACCUCACAAUGUCGCUUGCAAAAUCAGAGCAGGGAAAAUUCGAAGAGAGUAUACAAAUUCUGAUGAGCGCAUUGGAGAUCUUCACCGAUUUCCCAAAACGUUUUCUAUCGCUCCAUGUCGCAGCUGAAAUACGCAAGGUCAAGAAAUACUUUGACUCACAUACGAAUGAUUUCUUUCUUCAGCUUCCGGAUAUGGAAAAUCCUGAAAUGAAGUCCAACAUGGAGCUGCUACAAGUGGCGUCGCAUCGGGCAUUUUUUGUGCAAAACACAGUGGUCUUUCUCCUGUGUAGCCUGCGCAUGAUUCGAAAGUCAAUACAAUAUGGAAUAGAUGGUCGGACUGCAAGUGCACUGGCUGGGUAUGCUGUUUAUCUUUCCUUUGUGGGCGACCAAAAUGGUGCGAUUCGGAUGGGACGACUGGUUCGACAAUUGCUCGAUCGAAGCGAUGGUCCUCAAAAAUCAGGAAGUCGUGCAAUUUACAUGGUUACUGUCUGGGUUGAAACCUGGACCACUCCAAUCGAAACGAUAUUGAACUCACUUCAUAAGGCCCACAAGCUUGGCAUGGAGUCUGGAGAUCUUGAAGUCUCAUUUGUGGCUAGAAUCAGCCUUUUUCGGUUUGUCUUUCAUGCUGGGUAUCCUUUGGAUGCUGUCCGGAAAUACGGCCAAGAAAUCGUUGACGAAUUCACACUCCUGAACGCAGCAUCGAACAGAAAGGUGAUGGAAGACUUUAUGCUUCCGAUAGAAUAUUUGUUUCGAAAGGGUAGUUCUAUCAAUUGGGAGACAUUUGCACUGCCUGGAACCGACCCCACUGAUAUGGACAAUCAGUUCUACCUCCUUUACUACAAAUUGACAAGACUGAUGAUUGGCGUGUACUUUGGCAACUUGCAUUUCGCAAAAGAACUUGCAGAUCAACUCGCCUCACACGCAAAAGAUGAUUCAAUACAUCUGAACUUGCUCAACCGCAUAGCAUUUUCUAGCUUGGUGUACUCGGGGUUAGCACGAAAAACCAAAAAUCAACGGAAAAAGAACAUUGCACGUGCUCGGCGGUAUGCCGGAAGACUCAGGAAGCUGGUGUACUCAAAAGGCAUGACACCUUUGUUUCUGCUCAAGCUGAUGGAUGCAGAUAUAUUGGCUUCGACCUCGGACAGUCUUGACGAGGUUCAAGGUCAUUACGACGCAGCUAUAGAGUUGGCACUUGAGAUGGGACACAUUCAGUUUGCAGCAUUGGGAAGCGAGCUUGCAGGCGAGUACUUUUACAAUGCUGCAAAACAAAGUCUUGCUGAAAAGUACAUUAAUGAUGCCUGCGCCUUGUAUAAACAAUGGCGCGCAUUUGCAAAGGUCACACACCUUGUCCAGCAAUACCCAUCAAUCCUCUCACUUGAAAAUCAAAAGUCGGCCGAAUUCACGAACUUGGUUGGUGAAGUUGGAAUAUACCAGAGCCGGAAAUCUGCAGACCUUGAUAAACUGUCAACAUGCAUCCAAUCUGACGUUCCGUUCCGUACUCCGGAGUUACCAUCAGCUGAAGAGUCUACCAGUAAUGGCAUAUAG